GGAACACAAGGAAGUGGGGGUGGCUUUUUAAUUUUAGGUUAAAUUGGGCAAAAAGUUCAAAGGAGAAGGAAACCAUCAGAGCCCACACCCCAUAACCUCCCCCCUCUCGUGGGGAGAAUCAAUUUCUAAACCCACUUCAACGUUCUUGAACUUGAAUCUAUCUCUCUGACUCUCUCUCCAGAUCCAGCUGGAGUUGCUCAGAGGGUAGAUUUACGUUGAAUCACAUUGUAACUUUCGCAAGAAUCAUGACCUCCAAAGUUUGACUUCAAUCAGAGGCUUGAAAAGUCAGUGGAUGAUUCAAAGUCAAACAAAUUUAGGGGUGUUCAAUACUUUGAAACUUCGCACCCAAAAUUAGGGUUUUCAGAUUUCUCGAUUCUUACAAAGAUUUCGUAUGGCCGUUGCCAAGAGCGACACCAAAAGAUAUAACGAAUCAUCUUUCAAAUUCCACAACUGUUUCAAAGUCGAUAGCUUGACAGAAACCAUACUAGAAACCGAUCAGAUCUCAAAUCUAAAAGAUCGAUAUGUUCUUGGAGACCAAUUGGGGUGGGGGCAAUUUGGUAUAAUCCGAGAAUGCUCUGAUAAAUUGACGGGAGAGGUAUUGGCCUGCAAAUCAAUAUCAAAAAACAGACUCGUGACUGAUGAAGAUGUAAGAAGCAUCAAACUUGAGAUUGAGAUCAUGACUAGGUUGUCUGGGCAUCCAAACGUGGUUGAUCUCAAAGCAGUUUAUGAAGAAGAAGGUUAUGUUCAUCUGGUUAUGGAGUUAUGUGCAGGUGGAGAGCUUUUUCAUCGGUUAGAAAAACAGGGGAGAUUUUCUGAAUCUGAGGCUCGGAUCUUAUUCAGGCAUUUAAUGCAAGUGGUGAGGUUUUGUCAUGAUAAAGGUAUUGUUCAUAGAGAUUUAAAGCCCGAAAAUAUUUUAUUAGCAACAAAAGCAUCAUCUUCUCAGAUCAAGUUGGCUGAUUUUGGCCUCGCAACAUACAUUAAUCCAGGAGAAAGUUUGCAUGGGACAGUUGGGAGUCCGUUUUAUAUAGCACCGGAGGUAUUGGCAGGAGGUUACAACCAAGCUGCUGAUGUAUGGAGUGCAGGGUUAGAGCUGCUGCUUUGAGAUUCCAGCCAGAUCCCUGGAAUGGAAUCUCUGAUUCCGCCAAAGAAUUGAUCAGAGGAAUGCUCCAUACCGAUCCUUCUGUGAGGCUCACCGCUCAACAAGUUCUUGAUCAUACAUGGACUAGUGGCAUUGGCCCAAUACCUAAAUCACCUCCAACUUGUGAACAACUUGAGUUAGCAGGAAGCCCAACAUCAUCUUUAUUCAUGGCCCGAAACGAUGACAUCAGCUUUGGGCUCGGAUCUCCAAUCAUAUGUGAAACAUUCAGUUGCAAGUCAUCGUUUUCUUCAUUCCUUGUGGAGCCCGUGACACCUCUCGUGAACUCCUGCGGGUUUUCUUUCCGUAGCAGUGGCGGGUCCGGGUCCGGGUCAUCAAACACUACCACCCUAGACUUCUGCACCCCGAUCCAUUCCAUGCCAAGUUUCUCCUUCUUUGGGCCGGGUCCAGAUACGGAUCAUGACCCGCCCGUGUCCGUGUGCUUGUUGGGUCUGGAUACGAGGGAAGUGAAAGAGCAGAGAUUGGGUGAGGUUAAAAGGGGAGGUGGGUCGAGGAUAUCGGGGAUUCAUAGUAAGAGGAACCGUACGAUCGGAUUGGGAGAAUUUGAGCCGUUAGAUCUUGUGGUUGCGGAGUCGGUUAUCCGGUGGGUGUCGUGCACGCAGCUAUCGGCGUCCCUCAGGUCUGAUUUUGUUUGUUGAAUUGGAAGUUGGAAGUGGGCUUGUGGAUUUUGACUUUUAUUCUCUUGAGUCUUGAGUUUGAUGAUAUAAAAUGCUAGUUGACUUGUUACUAUUUAUAGUGGAGAUGUACAAAAAGGAUUGGGCUUUUGAUAUUGUUAAGGCCGGUCCGGUCCUGAUAUGUGAUGUCCGGCUGGGCUAAACCGGUCUAGGCCAGUGUUCUAAUUCUUCCUUUUUUUUGUUGGGUUU